GAAAUGCUCGGUAAAAGGGAGUCUGGAGCUUAAGGUUAAAGCGCCGACAACUUAACGUUACUUUCCACCAUGUUAAAAUUCAGCUUCAGGAGGGAAAAAGACAAGGACUUUAAACAUAUAGCUCAUGGUUUGCUCCCUGCUGCCUCCAUUGCCCCCAAGGCUGCUGUGCCUCGUACCCCACCCCCACGCAGCCCCGACCCCUCACCUGAGAGACCCAGAUCAGCCUUAGCAGCAGCCAUCUUGUCUUCGUCGCUCACAGGACAGACAUGGGCCAUACCGCCUCUGCGACAGAGGUCGUUCUCUGAGAGUGAUCGGUCCGAGUCCUUCAUAUCUGAACGAAACAUCAGCACAGCACUUUACCCCCGAGACAGAUGGUCUGAAGAUUUGGCUGACCGGCCACGUCUGUCCUCCCCUGACCACUCUGAGGGUGAAUUAGAAGACAAGGAGGAGGAGGAGGAGGAGGAGGAAGAGGAUGAGGAGGAGAAUGAAGAGGCCAGGGAGGAACAUAUCUAUCAAAGUCUGGACAGACAAGAUAACUGUCCAGUCACAGAACCGGUCUAUGCCCUGCCUCUAAAACUUAAGACCAGCACACCCCUGCCGACUCAAAUGCCUGACAGAAGAGUGCCUUCUCCAGAUUUCACUGAGGAAACUGAUGUCCACUCUCCUAAAUCUAGUCGUGUUUCAUCUAAGAAGAAAACCUCUGUCAGGAUGAGCUCUGGAAGUCGAAAAGAAGAUGUGCCAUCCAGCAUAAACAGCAACCACCCGAGUCAAUCCAGCCAAGCCAAAAACCUAAAAUACCACAUCAAGCCAUCUCCGGAGUCCAGCGAGGCCUGCUGUGACAUGCCAAAGGACGUAGUGCCAGUCCUGCCAGAGAGAGACACGAGGAUGGUGGAAGGACAGAGACUGCUGGAGGAGAGAAUGCAACGCAUUGAACAGGAGCUCAGUCAGAGCCAGGCCUCCUCCAACAUGAGGUUCUCUGCAGGCAGCCAGGCAGAGCUGCAAAAUUUGAGGCAACAUGCUCAGGAGCUGGUGGAUGAAAACGACGCUCUCAAAAUGACAGUACACCGUCUGAAUGUGGAACUGAGCCGCUACCAAACCCGCUUCAGACCACUGUCCAAACAGGAGAGCUCCAGAAUCAGUGGCUUACCAAAGACAGGAUCUCCUCCUCCCUGGCUGCUAGACAUGAAGUAUUUAUCUCCUCUGCUGCUGGCUUAUGAAGACAGGAUGAAUGAGAAAGAUGCACUUCUGCAAACCACAGAGGAGGAGGUGAAGAGAUUGCGCGUUCACGUGGAGGAGGUUAUCAAAGAAAACGAGAGACUCCAUGAUGAAAUCGGAAAGAUCGGAGGGGUCAGCCAGAAGGACUGUCAUCAACUGCAGCAGCAGGCCGUCCUGGUUUUGCAGGAGAACCAGCUUCUGAUUGACCAGCUUGAGGCGCAGCAUGUUAAGGCCAAGGCCAAUCAUAGCAGACACCACUCUGAAGUAUCCAAAGUGUCCAAGCAACUGAUGUUGCUAGAAGCAGAAAAGCAGCAUUUGCAGGAGGACCUUGAAGAGACUAAGAGGGAGAUGCAUAAAAAUAUGAGGGAGGUGCAAGUGCUGCAGGCCCGCUUGAAGGAUGCCGUCACCUGGGACGAACACUGCAACAUUACAGGGAAACUCAGACGGCUACUGGAGCAGCAGGAGAUCAAAAAUAAGAGUGAGAUGGACAAGCUUCUUCCCAGAGUGUCCAGCCUGCAGGAGGAGAAUAGGAGUCUGGCUCUGGACAAAGCCAACCUGACCAGUGACAUGAAGAGAAUGGAGGCUGAGCUUGAGCUCGUCAGACAAGCCAACAGGAAGGCUAAGAGGAGGAUAAGUGUAUUGAAGCAGCAGAGGGAAGAGUCUGUGCUGAAAGAGGAAAAGGCUCGGCACUACCUGGGAGCUGUCAUUUCUGUAGCGGAGCACAUUUCCCAGGAGAGAGACCAACUAUUGCACACGGCUUCGGUCAUUCAGCAAGAAAAGCAGGGAUUCAUGAGCAAGAUUCUGAAUGGCACAAUCCGAUUCGGAAAACUACAGGAGGAGGUCAAAGUGUACCGGAGGCAGGCGUCAACCAGACUGGCAGCGUUGGAGGAGGCAGCGGAGGGGAGAACAGCUUCCCACCAGAGGGAGAUCCUUCACCUGCAGAGGCUGCUAAGAGAAAGACAGGAGGCUGAGGAGAGACUACUGCAGUCCAAGCGGGAGGUAGAGGAAGAGCUGGAGGUGGUGUGGCAGGCAGCAACCAGGGAGAACCAGCAAAUGAAGGAAACUCUUUUAGACUCUAGGCUCACCGGGGACCACCACGGUUGGGCCCUUUCCGGCAGCACCUCUCCCGGGUGGCCUUCUCAAGCUCCAGAUGAGACCAACCCAUCUACCUAGCAUCACCCACACAGCCCCCCCCCCCCCCCCCCCACCUCUCGUCAAAGCCCUGGGCUCAAGAUAAGGUCCGUACUUGAAUCUGACUCAGAUGAUCAAAACAACUCCUUGGAUGAGAGGCACAGGCAUGAGCCGAAUUUCUAUUGUGAAAACUCUUUGAGCCAUAACCCACAGUGUGGCUCUCUAUUCAUACUGACACAAUAGAUUUGUGAUAUUACUAUAGACUAGUUAAACUAUCAACCUGCCAGCUUGACUUUGCAUCUUAAAUAAAAUCCUUGUAAACAUGCACCAUACUUUGUAACAAAUCACAACUGUUUUAACUACAUUUUAAUGACAUUUAUAUGAUGACAGCUGAAAUCUCUUUGUGGAAGCCAGCAUGUAAAGGGAACCAACAGUAAUGUGGAUAUGCUGACUAAACACAUUUUUGUAAGUAAAACUUGGUUUGGACAUUGCAGUAAAACAUUGAAAAAACUGAAAAAAAUCAGUCAGAAUGAAACAUAUACCGUAAAUCACUUAAUAACACACCUUACUUUGUUACAGAGUGGCCAAAUAGCUCACAUCAGCCUGUGCACUCC